AUGUAUUUCUUUCGUAAUAUGAGUGAAAAAAUAUUUGCGUUCUUCUUUUUUUUCUUUUUUCAAAUGCGAAAAGAAGUUGAUUUAAUUACUUCUUCGCUGCUUUUUUCUCUUUUCUCUCAUUCCGUCUCUUUUUCAGCUUUUGCUAUUUUCUACUUUUCACUUUCUUCUAAGCUUUCUUUCUUUACAUUAUCUGCUUUUUUUCGCGCUCUUUCUCACUCCUCUAUCUUUUCUUCUUUUGUUUCUAUUUUACUUUUCCUCCCCCUCUACCUUCUUUCGUUUAUCUCUUUUUACUUCUCUUUUUUUUAUAUUCUUCUAAAGACUUACAUUUUGCCCACCUAUUAUUCGACGUCUUUCUUACACAUAUCAAUUUCCCUGCUAUUUUUCAGCCUGUUCCUUAGUGCCUCAGCAACCGCCUUUUCACUGUUUCAGUUUAUAUCUAUCUAUCUAUCUAUCUAUCUAUUUAUCUAUCUAUACACACAUGCUUUUAUUUAUUUUAUUUAUUCUUUCUUUUCACUCCCCCUUUUAUGGCGCUUUCUUUCAUUAUUGAAUUUUUUAUUUCUUCUCUUUCUUUUUAUGCUCACUUCUCGUGUUCAUAUUCUUCGGUUUUCUCUUUCUCAUUCUUUCCAUUUUCUUUUUUCUUUCUUCUUUCGUUCUUCCUUCUCAUUCUCCAUCUUCCUGUCCUCGUUGUUUUUUUUUCUAUUUCUAUUACUUUACUUUUUUCUUCUUUUCUUUUCAUGUUCCUUUUCCCUAAUCUCUCUUUUUUUUUCUUUCCCUCUUUCUUUCUUUUUAACUUUCUUUUUUUUUCUUUUCAUUCUCCUUUUUGCUGUUCCCUUUUUUCUUGUCCUUUUACGGUCUUCCUUUCUUUUCUUUUUUUCUUUUCAUGAUUUUUUUUCUGUUCACUUUUCUUUCUUUAUUUCUGUUUGUUUUUUUUUCUUUUUGACAUUUUCCUCUUUUUCUAUUUGA